CACACACACAUAAUAUGUUUACUACGCAUGGCGGUAUGAAUUCGGCUAUAGAUUUAGUCAAAUAAUUUCAAUAUCGACUGCUAAAAGUUAUAAAUAGAAUAAAUAAGGUUCGAAUUUUUAGUAAUUUGAAAUAAUACGGUAGUGUGGGACGAUUUCCUUUUUUUUAUGAAGAACAAAAAUCUCAAAGAAAUGUAACAUUUUUGGUUAUUCAUAGGGAAUAAAAGAAGAAAAAUGUAUGACAAAGAAGAAAUGGAUAUGAACAUUACAGAAAAUACGACUUCAAAAGGAUUUACAUUCUCUAGACCAAAUGUUGUCUUUAAUCCUUCCAAAACAUUCAAUAACGAUUUUUCAAAUAAUUUUAUUUCUCCAAGCUCAAGUAAACAAACAUUUUGUUUUGCAGCACCUGAAGCAAUAUCACAAUCGACUAGUUAUACCAAAGCACAAAGUAAUGAAACUGAAAAAAAAUACAAGCCUAAAAUAUCUAGAAAUGCAUUUGAACCAUCAGUUAAUGUGUUUGCUCAUGCUUUGAAAGAUAGUUCAGCUUUUGAGCAAUUAACCAAAAAUUCUAGAUCGCAUAUAAUAAAAUUUAAUUUGGAUAAUUCAAUAACAUGUACAAAUGUUCCAAAGGAAUUACUUAUGAAGUCGUUAGCAAAAGAAUAUUUUCAUACUUACGGUCAAAUAAUGAAAAUUACUAUUAAACCAAAGAAGCAAAUAAUAAUAAUUUUUUAUGCAUCUAAGGAAGAAGCAAAUAAUGCCUAUCAAAAAUGUGGAGAAUAUUUAGGUAAAAAAUUUCAUGUCGAAUGGACAAAGUCAGAGAAGGUACCAAAGUCUCCUACUAAGAAGAAAGAAUUAAAGAAAAAUAUAGUUACAAAUUUUCUUAAAUUAGACGAUGAAAUUAGAACAGAAUUAGAAGCCAUGACAAAUUUGGAAUAUAAUUUACCUGAUUAUAAAAGUGGUGAUGUAUAUAGAGUACCAGCUAUUGGAAAAAGAGGCAAAGGGUCAAAUGUAAAAAAAUCUGAGAAGAUAUUGCCCAAAAUUGAAAAGGUAGCAGCAAAAGCAGACAAAGUUGAAAAUGACAGUCAAAUAAUGACAUCGUUACAUGGUGCAUCUGUGGAGGAAUUACAAAUUAUAAUACAUCAAAUUGGUAUUACUUCAGAAGAUAAAUAUAAAAUUUUAGAGGCAAGGGAUCGUUUGAUGAGACUUAAACAAGUAAAAUCACAUUCAUUGGCAACUGCUAAAAUUACGAGUGGAACUUGUCCAGAUAUGUGUCCUGAAAAAGAACGUUUGAUGCGUGAAUCACAAAGACAAGUAGCUUCAUAUGAACAACUUGAAGGAAAUGAAUAUAGAAUAAAUCAUAUGAUUGCUGUUAAACAAUACUCUAGAUCUUCUGCUGAUCAGGAGGAACCAAUGGCUCAUGAAUUAAGACCAGUAAAAUCCUUAAAAAUGACAAUGAGUUAUUUACUUCAUGAAAUUGUAAAUCUUUGUGAAGAAGAAGGAACCAAUUUAGGAGAAUGGUAUCACUUUCUAUGGGAUAGAACUAGAGGAAUAAGAAAAGAUAUAACUCAACAAGAACUUUGUUGUGUUGAUAGCGUAGAAUUAGUUGAACAAUGUGCUAGAUUUCAUAUAGUAUGCUCAGAAAGACUUUGUGCAGAAGAAUUAUCAGUGUUUGAUAAAAAAAUUAAUUCAGAAAACUUAACAAAAUGCUUACAGUCUUUAAAGUAUAUGUAUCAUGAUUUGAGAGUAAAAGGUAUAACAUGUCAGAAUGAACCAGAAUUUCGAGGAUAUAUUAUUCUCUUAAAUUUAAAUAAUGGUAAUUUUAUGUCAGACUUACAGCAACUUCCAACUUCUAUACAGAAGUCGCCAGAAGUACAAUUUGCUAUAAAUAUUUAUUCUACCCUUGAGUCUAAUAACUAUUACAAAUUUUUCAAGCUAGUGCGGCAAACAACUUACUUAAAUGCCUGUAUUUUGCUUAGAUAUUUUAAUCAAGUUAGAGUGAAAGCUUUAUCUAUAAUGGUCAAGGCUUAUUGUAGAACUACAUCUACAGCUUAUCCAUUAUAUGAAUUACUUCAUAAUCUUGGUUUUGAAAAUGAGAAUGAGACCAUAUAUUUUUGUGAACAAGUAGGAAUCAAUGCAUCAAGUGAUGAAUUAUAUGUAAUGUUAAAUAGACAAAAUUUUUGUUUGUCAAUGUCAAAUAUACAACAAGGUAGAGCUCUUUACAUGAUAGAGUCAAAAAGAACUACAAAAGGAUUGUCGAUUAGUGAAUGCAUUGCGGGUGGAAAAAUGCCUGAAAAAUCUUAUAAGAAUCAUAAGCCCCACAGUAGUUUUGAUUCUGAAGGUUAUUUAAUGGCUCAAUCUAUAAAUGCGGAAGAUCAGAAUUUAAGUAUCAAUAAAAGCAUAGACAAGUUAACUUCACAUGAAAUUAUAGAAAAGGAAUCAAAGCCUUCAGAUAAAGAAAUUUUAUUAAACGAAAAAAAUCAGAGUGCCUUUCCUUCAGAUACACCGACAACUACUAAAUAUUAUGAUAAUUUUCAAAAAUUGACUAAAAUUGAUGAUACUGAUUUGAAUAAAUCUGAAACUGUCACUGCUUCUGUAUCUCAAUCGGAGCAUAAUAUAAUUAAAUCAAAAUCUGAACAGAUUAUAUCUGAAAAUAGAGAGAAGAUAGAGACAAAUUUACCAUCAGAUACUCAGAUACAAGAAGAUUAUCUUAGUACACCCUUAAUUUUUGAUAAAGCAUGUUAUGAUACUGUAUCAACAAAACUUAAAGAUAACAAUAGUGUUUCUAAUAAUACAAGCAAUAAUGCAUCACUUCCACAAUCGAGUUUUAAUCUUUUACAUCAGACUAAGCCUACAAAAACUUUUGAUAUAUCUUCACCAUUUCUAAUGGCUGCAAAUAAGAGCAUAUUUUCUGAUAAUGUAAAAAGAAAUAUAUUUACAAAAUCUACUGUACCAUGCAAAAUAUUUGACAAUAAUGUCUCAAAUGCAAUUUUUACUUCACAUCAAAGUACAAAGUUUGUUCCAUCUAAACAAACAGCACCAAUAAAUAAAAAUACGCAAUCGCAAAAUAAAUUAUCAAUUAAAAAGCAGCCAGAAAUCGUAGGCACUAAACAAAUGGAACAAAAAAUGCAACAAAUUAAUAAAGAUACAGAGGAAAUUUUUGAAGAACUGAUAGAAGAAGUAAUAGAAGAACUAUGUUCUACUAUCCUACAAGAAGAAAUAAAUAGAUCAAUAAUGUAUAAUUCAUUAAGUGAUAAUAUGUUAACUUGUUUCCUUGAUGAAAUGUGUGAUGCAAUAUUAUCUGAAGAAAUAACAAGUUUUCAAAAAGUAGAGGAGUUCAUAAAAAAGAGAAAUGAACGAAAGAUCAAUAAAUAUUUACAUAUAUGGAAAACAUGGACAUUUAAAAAAAAUCAGCAGAGAAAAGUAUUAGAUAACACACCUAUUUGGUUGCAAAAACAAUCUAUAGAUGAAUGUGCUAAAAUUUUAUAUCGCGAUGGGCAAAAAUUAGUUAUAGAAAAUAUGUGCAAAAGGCAGUGCACAGUAGAAGUACCAAAAUCUAUUAUCAAUAAUUUAGCUCCCAUUGAGAUAAUCAUUUAUGCAGGUAUUAAAGAAAACCUCAAAUCAUUAAAUAUGCAGAUUACAACAAAUUUAUUUUGGAAAGUUGUAAUAUCAUGGCCACAUUUAGAAAAUAAAAUUGAUUUAUGGCAAUAUAAAAAAAUAAUAAAUCGAUAUUUAUGCCCUGAGGAUUAUACAGUAGAACCAAUAAUAAAAUCAUAUCAACCAAACCCAUAUGAAAAUUUUCAUACUUGUAUAAGGUAUUUUGAAGGCUUUAUUGCAGAACACAAUUUAUUUGGAACAGAUGGUUUUAUUUUUAUUGCCGCUGCUUCAGAAAAUGUUAUUUCUGUUAACAAACGAUUAACAAAAACUGUAUUAUCUAGAGAGAAACUCAUAGCAAUACCUUUAGUAUUUAUUAUCUUGGGAAAUGGAGAAUUGGAAAUUGAAAAAGAAAAAAUUGUAACGGAUUUGGAUACUCUAUUACAGUCAGGAUAUAUAUCUGAAUAUACUAUCACUGUUGAGAAAACAUUAAAUGAAACAAUUAUUCUAAAUUUGAUUCAAAGCACGAUUUUGUGGUUGGCUAUCAAUAAGCCUCCUAGAAAUCCAUUAGAAAUGGAUUCUUUACAAAGUUUGUGUGAUAUUUGUAUAACAGAAGAAUUCUGGCAAAGAGUUUUAGAAGAUUCAGUUUGUAAUGCAAAUCUUUCUGAAUCUAUGAAAGAGCCCAAUUUUCUAAUAAAUCUACAUAAUGAAGCAGUGACACAUUUGAUCCAUAUUUUAUUAGAUCCAGAAUCUCUAAUGUAUACAAAAUUUUCACCAGAAUUAAAAAAAUUUGUAGGAAAUCAGCACAUAUUACCAUGUAGUUAUGAAUAUUUUGAUGAUGCAUGGAGAACAGUGGAGUAUAGAGUAAAUUUAGAAAAUAUUAUAAAUGGAUUGAUGCUACCACAUUGGAGCUUUUCAUGGCCAGUAACAGAUGCACACCAAUUACAUCAAAAUAUAAUCCAUUAUUGUCAAGUAGUAUUACCAGAUAUAAAUAGUCAUACCUUUUCCUGUGAUAUUUUAAGUCAUUUAUAUUUUAUGACAGGUAGCUUAAAAGUAAUGAAUUUUGCAGAUAUAUUAAUCCAGAUUGUCAAAGAAAAAAUAAGUUUUAUCGAAACGGAUUUAAAGGUCGUUUAUAAUAAAAAUUAUAUAAAGUAUUUUAAAACAUUACCAUGGUGGUUUAGAUCUAAUGCAUUUGCAGAAUUUACUUCAAAAAUAAAUCUAGAUGAUACAUAUUCUAUUAAGAGAGACAAUAUAAUUACAGAACCGAUUCAGAAAAAAAGAAAAUUAAAGGAUUGCAGUGAUAAUACUUUUGAAGAUGAUUUAAUAAAUGAAUUUGAUCCAUUAGCUGAAUUUUGUGAUUACACUAAAAAUAAAAUUAUAGAAGUACAUCGUUCAUCCCAACUUCUAGAAAAUCGUUUAAAAGAACAGCAAUUAGAAAAUCGAAGAUUAGAGGAGAAGAUAAAAAAUGCCAUUUCAUCUACAUGUAUGGUUGAAGAUAAAAAUUAUAAAAUUGGAAGUCGUAUAGAAUGCGAUGGGUAUCAAGGUAUAUUAAAAUAUGUUGGUCCUGUUGGCAAUACUAAAGGCCUUUGGUUGGGUGUAGAUUGGGAUGAUCCUGGACGUGGAAAGCAUAAUGGUACAUAUGAAGGUGCUGAAUAUUUUAAAGCUAGGCAGACUACAUCAGGAUCAUUUGUAAGGCCUGGUAAAGUUAAAUUUGGUAUAUCAUGUGCACAAGCAAUCAAACAACGUUAUGGUCUAAUCGAUGAUGAAUUGGCUGGUGUAGAUAAAGAUACUUUGUCAUCUUUGCAAAAAGAAAUGAAUGCUCCAUUCUUAGAAAUGGUUGGAUUCUCAAAAGUGAAUAAAAAACAAAGUAAAUUUGAUCAAUUAAAAAUUAUAUGCUUAAGAGAACAGUGUGUCAAUGAUGCUGGUGCCCUUGGUGAAUUACAAGAAUUAUGUCCUAAUUUGGAAGAAUUAGAUCUAUCUAAAAAUUUAAUAAGUUCCUGGAAAACUGUUGCAAAUAUCUGUAGUCAACUCCAUUCUCUUAAACGGCUUAAUGUUAGUGAAAAUUAUUUGUUACCUGAAGAAAAUAUGGAAACAUUAAAAUAUGCAUUCACAUCUGUAAAAAGUUUGACUAUUACCAAAAUGAAUUAUAAUUGGUCUGACGUGCAGAAAUGUGUGCAUAUGUUUUCAUCAUUGGAAGAGCUGUCAGCUUCAUUUAACAAUAUUAGCAUUUUAGAUGAUUCAUUAAAAUAUUCAACUUCAAUGAGAAUACAAACUAUAAUGCUUGAAGGGAAUUUUCUGUCAAGUUGGACAGAAAUUCUUAAAUUAGGUUCACUUCCAUGUUUAGAAUGCCUUAAUUUGAAUUCGAAUACAAUAGAUAGAAUAAGGUUUCCAUCUAUUACAUCAACUGGUAAAACGAAUAUUUUUUCUGCUUUACGGCAAUUGCAUAUAUCGGAAAAUAACAUAUCAGAGUGGCAAUCUGUGAGUGAACUGGAGAAACUUAAUAACUUAGAAGAUUUUAGAUUUAGGGGAAAUCCAAUUUUAAAGGAUUACACUUUAGAAACAGGAAGACAAUUAAUAAUAGCAAGAAUAUCACAUUUAAAAUUAUUAAAUGGCACGGAAAUAACGCACGAAGAAAGAAGAGGUGCCGAGUAUGAUUAUUUAAAAUUAUACUUGCGAAAAUGGAUAGAAACAGAAAAUAAUCCUGAUAAAAGGAAUUUGUUCAUAAAUGAACAUCCUCGAUAUCCAAUUUUAGUUGAUAAAUAUGGAAUAUCUGAUAUUCCAUCGUCUAAAGCAAAAGCAGAAAUGGUUUCUAACGUUAUAACGGUAGAAUUUAUAUGUCCAAAUGAUCCACAUCAGCUUAAAGGAAUUAAAAGAAAGCUUCUUAAAGAUAUGGAAGUUCAAAAAGUGAUAGGACUUGCACAGAGACUUUUUAAAACUGGUGGUAGAAUUCCAACACUUUCAUUUGUACAACAAGACCUGUCGAAAGAAGAAAUUCCAUUAGAUAAACCAUUGCAAGAACUCAGUUAUUACUCUAUUCAAGAUGGUGAUCAAGUUCUUGUGAGGUGGUGAUAUUAACUUAAUUAUUUAUGCAUAUGACUGUAUUUUCUAUACUGUUGAGAAAUUUCUUCACCAUAAUUUGUUAUUAAACUUUUUUAAUCACA